UCCCCCCUUGCUUUGCCUUUAAGUCAUUAAGACCGCCCCCACGGAACCCAAAUGAGCUGUCACUCAAGUGGCAAAGCUAAAAACAAAAGUCCCUUACUGGGGCGAAGGGAGCCGCUUCAAUCUGAAAUUACUUUUCCUUUAAAUUAGGGAGCAAAAGGAGAGACGGAAAGAGGGCGGAUUAGAAUUGGGUAGAACAGCAAUUUCAGAUACUUAAGUUCUAAUGGAAAAAGAAUGCUCUGCUCCCCUAAGUCCGUGGUUCCCACACGAAUCCAACCAAGAAUAAGUUUUGAGGACUCUGGACGAUUUCGUUUUGGGCUCGCUCUCCCUUCGCACGUCGGUAUGGGAAACGCAAGGCAAAGCUAUCUUGAACCAGUGUGCAAAAAAAAAAAAAAAAAAAAAAUCUUUUCGCUGCCAGACCUGGCUUGGCAAGGCAGGGACCCUCCGGGUUGUGGGAGAAACGGCCGGGCCCGAACGCCCCCCGAGGUCCCCGGUGUCGCGACUUGGACCCCGCUGACCCUAGGCGCUCCGGCGUGCCUGCGGAGUGCGGUCGGCUCCGCGCAGACUUAGGUGUGUCACGCGAGAGAGGAGGCAAGUUUUCCCCGCAAGGGAAAAGUAUAGUUGACACCCCCUCCCAGGGACAAGGCACCCUCCUGCAGCCCUCCCCUCCAGCCAGCCUCCAGGCUGUUUGGGCAGUUGCCUUUUGAAGCUCAAUUUAUUUUUGAAACAUUCAAUAAAGAAGAGCGCGGCCGUGACCGUCUUUUGGUUUCCUAGCGUCCCCACCCCCGGCGGAGGUGUAUUUGUGCGGGGGGAGGGGGCAAGGGAAGGUUCUCGCGGCCUUUUCUGGCCCUGGGGGCCGUGACGUGAGGACCCAGCCGGAGCCUGCCUGGCGGCUGCCUCCCUCCCCCCCUCCCUGGAGCCCGCCAGCCCGGCCCCAAGUCCCUGUCACCUUCGGGCCUCUUGAAUGGCCUGCGAGGAGGAUCGCCCUCCCCUCCCUAUUCCUGUACUUGGAAGGGGAUCGAGGUCGGGACCUUUUGGAGAGGGGGGCCGAGCCCCUUGCUUCUGCAUCCAGGCACAUGGGGAGCCCCACACCCUCUCCAGGGCUGUCCCCCGGGGUGAGAGGGCAACCAACCAGGGUCGGAGCUGGAGGGUGGGGUUCUUGCAGGAACCGGGGACCUUUGGGACGCUAGGUCCCCCGAGAGCCGGUAGAAUGGCAGGGCGCGGGCCCACUGGGGCGGGCCGGGCCCAGGGGUUCCGGGCGGAGCCUGCGCCCCAGAAAGGUGGUCGGGGGCAGGGUGGGCCCAGCGCGCUCUGCCUCUGGGGGAGGGGGGCAGAAGCAGAGAGCCUCGGCCUGGGAGAGGGAGGGAAGGCUUUUCUCUCAGCCCAUAUCUGCUCCCCCCCACCCCGAAAUUCUCGGACAGUGCUCAGACGUGUGGCGAGCCUUGUCCCCCGCCCCUUAAUCUCCUGUGUAUCUUAUUUGUAUGUAGUGAUGUUAAUGAAUAACUCUUGUGGCGCUGAUGGACCGGGGGUGAACCGCUCGCAAUCUCUCUGGAUUUCGUUGCCUAUUACUCACCUGGCGCCGGUCGCAAUCUCGCCGCGGGCUUUAUGGUGGCGGCGGCCGCCACGGAGGCCACUCGGGCCGGCGCCUUCGGCUUUUUUCCGGGCUUCGAGUGCCACCUAUCUGUCUGGCCCACGAAUGCGCCCAGGCCGCCGCCGCCGCUGGCUCGGCAUUCCAGCGCCUCCCGGGCUCCGGAACUUGGGCUUUUCACCUUCGCCCCUUCUCAUCCUCCCCACCCCAGCCGGCGCGCUCCUCCUUCUCGGACCCCUGCUCCCCAGCCCCCCGCAUCGGAAGAAGCCGGGCUGUCUUUCCUGGGUAUCACUUUCACUCUUCUUUGGGCCCCAGAUGAGAAAAACAGUCCUUCCCGUCUUUGGGUUUCCAAACAGUCAGGAAAUUCCGGGAGGGGGACCCUCUCAUCAUUUUCUGGCCAAGCACCCUGCUUCUUGGCGUAGAAAUCCCCCGCAGUCCGCCCGGACCCAGCCGGGCGGGGGAUAACCUGUGCGAUCUCGGUGGGCAGAUGGAGGGAGCAAGGACUCCCGCCUCCCCCAAAUUACAUAAUUCACAUUCUACCCUGGAUGCGACUUCCCUUUGCCUGGAUGCGCUUUCUUUCUUUCUUACUUUAGAACUCUGGAAUGUUUCGGUUUUUACCCUGGCCGCGUCUACAGGGACAAAGGCCGCGGCUCGAGGGAGCAGCAGUCCGUAAGGGGCCCGCGCGGGGGUCAGCUGCGGCAGCCUGCAGGGCCGAGCGACUUCGUGAUUUGUAGAUUUAAGGUGACAAAUGCGGGUGCUGGCCGGAGCCCUCCGGCCCCAGCCCCUGGGGGAGGUCGGCUCCAAGCCCGGCUGCGCCCUGGCGUCUGAGGCCGGCCGAGGGGCGGGGGUGGGGUCGCCUUUGCUGUGCUUUGAGCCGCGGGUAAAGGCGUCCGGGUUCCUGCUGACCUCCCGGCGCUAAUUGCAAGGGCCGAAGGGCGCGCUCCGGCAGAGGCAGGGGUCACGACCCUGUGCGCUCCCUCCUCCCGGAUCGGGCAAGCCUGAAGGAGCGAGGUGUGUGCAAGCGGGCGUGUGUGUCUGUGCACGCGCGCGCGCACACACACAGCCUCCCUCUGGGUCUCCGCGGUCCCGGAACCCACUCUUUCUUUGUGGGAGGAGGAAACUGAGGCACCGGAUCGUUAAGGCGCUUAACCGAGAUCAGCCGGGGGAAACCCGGAGCCAGAAUUCCAGCCGAGAUGGGCGCCAAGAAGCCACUUGACCGUCGCCAUACGUAAUUCAGGUGGCGGCGUACGUACCUGUAGUAGAAUACUGCUUCCUUACCUCUGCUACAUGAUCACCAGCAAUGGAAUUCAACCAGUGUUGAUUGAGUGGGGAUUCGGAUCUGGGUUUAAAAGAGUCUAAAGGGAAUGAGAUGAAGCUGGUCUUCCAGCUCCCCAUCCUCCUUCUGAGCCCUCCUGCGGGUCACACAGUCCAGAUAACUGGCCAUCACUCCAGGGAGCUCAGAGAACAGAAGGUUGGCCCAAGGCUCUGCGUCCAAGACGACUGCGUCACAAAGCGGGGGUCUCCCCUUCUGUGUCCUUUCUCUAAUAAUGACGCUUCGCCUCCCUCUCUGCUUCAGCCUACACAAGAGCCUCCUUAUAUAUCGUCCGAAGCCCCAGGAUUUCCAGAGCCGAAAUCCAAGCUGAAAAUGCAGGCAAUUACCCAGAUAAUUUAGGUAAACGUUGGGGCUGUGUGGUGAGUGUUUUAACAUCCGUGUCUGAAUUAUUGGAGUAAUUGUUUCCACUCCUCCUUCUCAUUGUGAGGUUGAAGAGGCAAUUCUCCCCACGACAACCCCUGUUUGUUUUGUCUGGGUUGAGCAAGGCCAGUAGCUGAGGAGAGAGGGCUGAAUAAAACUCCUGGAGAACCGGGCGGCCGGGCGAACUCCGGAGGGCCGAGCCAAUUUGUGAUUGAGGUCAAUCACCUUUGUGUUUCCAUAAAAACCCCAUCCAGUUGGCACACUCAAUCCCUAACCAAGUCCCCGAACAUGCCCCCAACGUAGGAAACAUCAAAGAAGCGAGGGCGCGUGUGUACGCAUGUGUGUUUGUGUUUAAAAAAAAAAAAAAAAAAUCAAGGAACUAAAGGAGAUUUUUUUAAACACUGAAAUCAAGUCUUUUAUAACUUUUUUUUAGGAAAUGAGAGUGAA